CGCGUGUGUGUGCGUGGGUGUGCAUCGAAAUCUGUUACGAGUGACGAUUUCAAGAUCCUAACACGUAAUUAAGUCGCCUUAAUCGACUGAAUAGUGAGAUUUUUUUAUUAUAACCAAGUCUAGGAAGAAAUGGGACGCAAAAAGAAGAAGCAGUCGAGGCCCUGGUGCUGGUAUUGCAACCGUGAAUUUGACGACGAAAAGAUUCUUAUUCAACAUCAGAAAGCGAAACACUUCAAGUGUCACAUUUGUCACAAAAAGCUAUACACAGGUCCCGGACUUAGUAUACAUUGUAUGCAGGUGCAUAAAGAGGCAAUUGACAAAGUGCCGAACUCACUACCGAAUCGCAGCAAUAUUGAGAUAGAAAUUUAUGGAAUGGAAGGUAUUCCGCCAAACGAUGCGAAAGAACACGAGAGGCAAAGAAACGGUACGCGCGCCGGAUCUCCAAGUUCCGGAGAAGAUGAACCCGCGCAAAAGAAAUCGAAACCGGAAGGACUUUUGGGUUCGGCACCAGGAGUGAUGAACUCGAAUUCUUCUGUGAUGUCUGGAGGAAUGCCUGGAAUGCAGGGACAUCCGGGAAUGCCUCCUAUGGGACAGUUCCCACCACCCAUGCAUCAUAUGAUGGGGCAUAUGGGUCAUGUGGGCCCGCCCUUCAUGGGACCCGGUAUGAUGGGUGGAAUGUCAGGAAUGCCUCCAGGAAUGCAGCCUCCAGUUAGCAGUUCAUCCGGGCCUCCGUCGCGACCUCUAUUUCCAAGUGCCGCUGCUGUAUCGACUGCCUCUACUUCUGUGAGCUCAGCAACGCCACUUGGCGCGGAUUUCAAACCCAUCACCUCAAUCGCUGGUGGGUCCAUCGGACCUAUGAAGCCCACAUUCCCCGCUUAUGGCGGUUCCGAAAGUUCUGCCAAUAACCACUCUAGUGAUCAGAAAGUUAACCUUAUCGCCACCACUGGCGCCGCUAGUAAAAUCAUUCAUCCCCCCGAAGAUCUCAGUCUCGAGGAAAUUCGGGCUAGAUUACCGAAGUAUCAGCGUCGACAAAACGAGGAGUCUCGCUCUAGUCAAGCCGAGGCUGCUCAGCAACAUGCUGCUGCUCUUCACCAUCAUCAUCAACAACAACAAGCACACCACCACCAUCAACAACAACAAGCACACCAACACCAACAACAGCAGCAACAACAGCAUCAACAGCAACAGCAAGCAGUCGCGAAUGCUGCAGCAGCUUUUCAGGAUCAACAGCAGCGACAACAGGCCGCCUUAAGUGCCUUACAACAGCAACAACAAAGGUUUCAAAGGCCACAAACAGUUAUGGUUCCAGCUUCUGCCGGAAUGCCAGUUAGUUCCGUAGCUCUGAUGGGACCGCUCAUGCGACCAACCAUGACACUUGCUGCACCUGCGCUCAUUCAUGGAGGUAACAUGAUGCGACCGCCCCCCAUGGGCCUGCCACCAGGUAUGUUAGGAGCCUUGCCUCCGGGUGCAAUGCAUCCCUUCGCGACUCCCAUGGGAUUCCCCGGCGGUCCUAUGCUAGCACCGAUGAUGCAUCCGCGCUUCAGAUGAUCGCCCCCUAUGGACGGGCCCAAUCCACCCCUGCACUUCGUGCUGUGGGCUCGCCCCUAACUCCUCUUUAGGGUUCGAAACUGAAACUCGCUACCGCAAAACGAGAUAACAUGUGGGGCCGUCACACGGACUCAGCGAGGUGCUCCUGAAACUACGGCGACGCCUGGCACUCCACGAAGUUGACAUCAGCCGAAGUUAGCAAAAUCUUUGUUUUCUUAUAUUAUUAUUAAUAUUAUUAUUAUUAUUACCAUCAUCGUUACGUCACGUCAGGGUCUGAGUUUUGAUCCCUGAAACGUUAGUGCCUCUGAUGCGAGACUUUAUCUCUAGAGAAUAAAUUAACUUUAAAAGCCCGUUUACAUUGAUGAAAUUCUCAGGCUCUAGACCAGUGUCGUUGUCUCGGAGAGACGCGAACGCGGCUAGGUGGCGCUUCACGCUGUCGCUAGCGAUUCUGAUCAUGGGCGAAGCUUUGAAUAUAAUUUCAGGCAUACAUGUUUUGCAAUUAGAGUUUUAAGUAUAGAAUAUUAUUUCUUUAAGGAUAUUUUCAAAAUGUGACUGCUUCCCAGUUUCAUUUCCCGAAUUUCAUUUUCCAUUGUUAUUCCUCCUUGAUGAGUUUCAAGAUAUUUUGUUGUUCAGUUUUGAUGUAAACCUUAAUCCAAUAAAUGUCAGUAUCUAUUACUCUUGCACUUUAUGACUACUUUAAAAUGUUCUUCUAAAACUGGACUUUAAAGCUCGAAAAUUCCAUAACUCUAAUUGCAACAUUGUGUAAAGUUCCUCGGUUUUACAUAAGAUUAAAAGUCUCUGAACUACGAUUUAUUCUAGUCGCAGCGUGGAGGUUCUGUCGCCUCAGGUUAGUCGCAUAUUUUAUUUUGUUACAUCCCUCAGAGCGAGUCCACGUAGGCACCCUGGCUCUCGUUUAGUGGAGCACGAUGUUGAGAUUAAAUUUAGACUGUGAUCGAAGUAAUGGAGGCCAGAAAAUGGACUCGCUCUGAAAUGCCCUUCAUUGCAAGGAACAUGUUGGCGGCGCAUGUGUGAGUGGUAAGUACGGAGGGUGCUCUUAAAAUGAAACGGACACCGGCUCUCUACACUCGACUCACGCCAUUUUAUCCACCUCUGAUCCAAUCAACAUCCUCACUCUCCAAUCGAAGAUUCAAAUUCAAAGCUGUUUUUCUAGGCUAGGUAUUUGAAAAAUACACUUAGCGUUGCUUCUAUGUUAUAAAGGACGCGUUCUACUAUAAUGAGUGAUAAAAUACUAAGAAUUUAGUCAAAACUUGCCAAGUAUUAAUGAAUUUUGAAAUUGGAAUCGAAUCAUUGAUUGGAGAUAGCCUUCCUCACCUGCGCGAAUUUCUUCAAGGAUUCGGUCCUUACAAUUUUUGAUUCCUUACACGUCCGUUCUCUGAGAUCCAGUGUCAACUGUCCCCUAGUCUUUUCUCUUAAUUCUUGUUUCUCUUUUCUUUUCCUUUUCUCUAUCGAUACACCGAAAAAAGAAACAGUGUACGUACCUGCUCUACGUAUUGUUAUUAAAUUAUACACUUUCCUUUCAGGGGUCGUUCUGCCGAGUUAAUUUUGAAAAAAAAAACCAAUACUUUUGUUCUAAAAUUAGGAGAAAUAAUUAUACUCUUUUGAACAAAAUUGAAGAAAGAAUGAAAAGUAAAAAAUAAAGAUGUAGAAAGUUUUGACGAAACUCGGCAGGGCUGUCUUCUUCUUCCGCAAAACUUAAACAUAUAGAAAAGUUCUGUUACUUAUUGAGUGUCAUAUUAUCGACUGUUCCGAAUAAAGUUAUGUGGAAAGAUCGAAAAACUGGGCAUAGUUUGCUGUUCUUAGAAAGCUGAAGAAUUGGUCUCUCCUACUUUCGAAUACUUAGAAGAUGUGUAACAUAUCGGUGACUGAGAAAAUAUUGUAUAAAUGCUAAUGAAAAUUGUGACAUAAAAGUAAGAAAAAUAUGUAAAAGUGCGAAAAUAUGUAAAAUUGGCUAAGCUCGAGUUUUCUGAGAACAGUGAGCGACAGCCACAUAUUGUUUCAACCAAUCACAGCUCUGAUCGCUGUUGGACCUUCCGGUCCCUUGUCACAAGACAGGCGAUUGUUUGGACCUACCGUCUUUGAGUCAACAACAACGAGUUUCAGCUUUAUUUACUUCUAUCGAAUUUACUUAGCAGAAUAUCAGUUUUUGAUUUGCUUCUUCUUUGAAAGAUGUCGAACGAUAUUUUGCAGUUUUUAUUUAAACUAACAACAGAACAAUUUUGAUUUAAAAUGUUAAAUUUUCCGUUGGGUGGACACUGGAGCUUGGGAAUUUCCCCAUCCCAACUGUGAGUGUUCCUUGUACGGAGCGAAAAAAACACAUCUACUCUCAAUAAUUUUUCCUGUGGAUCCGUUUUUAAUUGUUUAACUCAGAUACAUAAUAAGAAAUUUGAAUCGGAACCUAAUGACUCGAGAUUGUGUGACUUGAUGGACGCGUGGCUGGACCGAGAAACAAUAUUAUUUCAGGUUAAUCUGUAAGGAACGCGAGAGAACAUUAUUAACCGAAUCGACGAUCGUUCGAAACGCCGGUGAAAUCUAACACUUGUUUUUAAAAUUUAAAAAAAGGGUACUUUUUAAUAAGAAUGUUAGUUGUCUUUUUUAAUUUUGGAUUUUAAAUUGCGGCAGUUCGAUCGUUCGUCGAAUGCUUAACAGGCUCUGUGUGUACACCGGUAUUAUUAUAUAUAGAUAUAUAUUAUGUCUAUCUUACUUACAAAUGCGCGCAAGAUCCGCUAAAAAAAUGUCCUUUUACCUCAAAUUGUCUUUUAUUGGUGAAUAGCGGACGCACGUCUCGCUCUAUGGGAAACGCUUUUUUAGCUACCCGGUAACUCCUGGUGACUCUUCCUAAUCUGCUAAAGCAACCGUCGCUUAACGAGUAAUCCGCAGCAGAGUCGUAAAUAGGAAGUGCUAGAGGUAAUGUCUCAAAAUAUUUUUUUUCAUUCUAAUUAUAACUAGUUUUUUAUAAGACUUAAGAAUUAAAAAACAAAAAGAAUCAUAAGUAAGAUUUUACACCUGGUCAAUUUUAAAAUGACUCCUUUUUCUUUCUUGUUUGUCUUUUCUUUUAACAUUUCUCGUUUUACUUUAUUUAAGUUUAGUUUUCUAUUUUAUCUCUCCGUUUUAUCUUUUUGUAUGUAUCUUAAUUUUGUAUUUAUUUAAAAAUAUUUUAAACAUGUAAGAUGUUAUGAAAAGUCGAGUAACAAUUUAGUCCCUAGUUACGGCUCUGGCACCUAGAUUGUCUAGAAACCUUCUACAAAUGUUCUUUUCAGCCAACGACGGACACUCGCUCAGAGAGAGAAUGAAAGUAAGAAAAGGAAGUUUUUUGAGAAAAAAAAAGAAAGACGAGAAUAUAUUGGUGUAUAUCGCACGAGGAUGUAUCUCUAUGAGAUAUAAUAAAGAUGUUGAUUCG